AUGGUCAACUCAAAGACUGUCGUCUCGGCCUUGGCCCUCUCCGCCGCCGUCUCCGCGGCUCCUUUCCAGGGUACCAAGACCUCCAAGUUCAGCGUCAACCAGGUUGCCGUCCCCAAGAACAAGGUCCCAGUUCACCCGGCUGCCCACUACGCCCAUGCUCUUGCCAAGUUCGGUGGCACUGUCCCUGCUCACGUCGCCUCCGCCGCUGCUUCCGCUCAGACUGGCUCUGCCACCAACAACCCCACAAGCAAUGAUGAGCAGUACAUCACCCCCGUCAAGGUCGGCCAGUCUACCUUGAACCUUGACUUUGACACUGGUUCUUCCGAUCUCUGGGUCUACACUGCCAACACCCAAGGUGCUGGCUCCGGCCACAACAACUACAAGCCUGGUGCCUCCGCCAAGAAGCUCAACGGCGCCACCUGGGAAAUCUCCUACGGCGACGGCAGCUCUGCCAGCGGUGAUGUCUACAAGGACACUGUCACUGUCGGCAACGUCACUGCCACUUCACAGGCUGUCGAGGCUGCCACCACUGUCAGCGCCUCUUUCGCUAGCGACUCCGCCAGCGAUGGUCUCCUUGGUUUGGCUUUCAGCCAGCUCAACACUGUUAAGCCCCAGGCUCAGAAGACCUUCUACGACAAUGUCCUUGACUCCCUGGCCAAGCCCGUCUUCGCUGCUCUCCUGAAGCACAAUGCCCCCGGUGUUUACGAUUUCGGUUUCAUCGACUCCUCCAAGUACACCGGCCAGAUCGCCUACACCAAGGUUGACAACAGCCAAGGCUGGUGGUCAUUCACCGCCGACUCCUACACCAUUGGAGACUCCAAGGUUGCUGGCGCCGGUGGUUCCAUCUCCGGUAUUGCUGACACCGGUACCACUUUGCUCCUCCUCGACGACUCCACCGUCUCUGCCUACUACAAGCAGGUCAACGGUGCCCAGAACUCUCAAUCCCAAGGUGGCUGGGUCUUCGACUGCUCUGCUACGCUACCUGACUUGAAGUUCACCAUCGGUAGCUACACCGCCACUGUCCCCGGCAAGUACCUCAACUACGCCCAGCAGGGCGGCCAGUGCUUCGGUGGUCUUCAAUCCGCUGGUAACGUUGGCACCAACAUCUUCGGUGACGUCUUCCUCAAGUCCCAGUACGUUGUCUUCGAUGCCGAGAACCUCCAGAUCGGUUUCGCCGCCCAGGCUUAA